GUUCAAUCGUCGUCUUCCCUCGUCAGAGGUAAAACCCUGAGGCAGGGCAUAAUAUCUGCAUAGAGAGCCACUGGUUUCCGUACGGUUUGAGUGCUGCGCGGCGUUUCUGAUCGUAGCGAUGGGCAGGAGAAAGAAGAGCCGUAGAGUGUCGGAAGAGGACUUGGAGGAGGAGGAAGAAGAAGAAGUCGAAGAACCCGGUCGUUCUCAGGAAACCGGCCAAGCUUCAUCUUCAUCUAAUGAGAAGAGUCUCUACGAGAUACUGGGUGUGGAAAGAACAGCAACUCAACAGGAGAUCAAGAAAGCAUACUACAAGUUGGCUUUGAGACUACAUCCUGAUAAGAAUCCUGACAAUGAGGAAGCCAAGGAGAAAUUCCAGCAGUUGCAAAAGGUGAUGUCAAUUCUUGGAGAUGAGGAGAAAAGAGCAGUUUAUGAUCAAACUGGGUGUGUUGAUGAUGCUGAUCUUGCGGGGGAUGUUGUCCGGAACCUAAAGGAAUUUUUCCAGUCCAUGUACAAAAAGGUCACUGAGGCUGACAUUGAAGAGUUUGAAGCAAAUUAUAGGGGCUCUGAUUCAGAGAAGAAAGAUUUGAUUGAUCUAUACACUAAAUGCAAGGGUCACAUGAAUAGGUUGUUCUGCUCAAUGCUUUGCUCAGACCCAAAAUUGGAUUCACAUCGCUUUAAAGAUGUUCUUGAUGAGGCAAUAGCAGCAGGUGACUUGAAGUCAACCAAAGUGUACGAGAAGUGGGCUAAGAAAGUAUCUGAAACAAAACCACCCACAAGUCCUCUUAGGAGGAAGAAACCCAAGAAAGAAUCUGAAGAUUUGUACGCAAUAAUAGCUCAGCGGCAGAGCGAGAGGAAAGGGAAGAUGAAUUCUCUGUUCUCGUCCCUUGUCAAUAAAUAUGGCGGGGACCAGUCUGCCCCCGAGCCUAGUGAAGAGGAGUUUGAAGCUGCCAGACAAAAACUUGAGAAGAAGAAGAAGAAGAAAUCCAAGCUGAAGUAGAGAGGCUAGUUUCUGUCUGUGCCUUAUUAUUGAACUGAAUGGUUGGUUUUGUGAGUGUGCUUUGAAAUUCUGUAAAUUUCAAUUGCUGAUUGUGACAUUUUUUAUUAUUAAUAUUACAUUCCGUUAUUGACAAAACCCACCCU